GGUGACGAUUUUUUUUGUUGUUAUUGAAAGGAAAAUAAUCAAAAGAAAAUAAAAGUAAUCUAAAUAUUGCUGAAAAAAGGAAGACUUAUAUAAAAGAAAAACAACAGCCUGUGCCUCUUUUCUCGAAAGUGUUCGAAAGAUUUGGUGGAAAUUAAUGAAAAAAUAAAGAAACACAAUAUAUCAAACACAUAUUUUGAAGUGGAAUAAAAAAUAAACGUUAAACACCAUGAACCCCCUAACAAAUAUGAAAAAUGUCAUCAAACUCAGCGAACUGGAACUGAACAAUGCCAGCGGCAAGGCUUCGUGGCAUGAUAUGUAUAAGGAUUCCGCAUGGAUAUUUGUUGGUGGUUUCCCCUACACUCUGACGGAGGGUGAUUUGAUUUGUGUCUUCUCACAAUACGGCGAAAUUGUAAAUAUUCAUUUGGUCCGAGACAAGGAUACGGGAAAAUCAAAAGGUUUCUGUUUCAUUUGUUACGAGGAUACCCGCUCCACCAUAUUGGCUGUGGACAAUUUGAAUGGCAUUAAAAUAUUAAAUCGUGCCAUACGAGUCGAUCAUGUUUUGGACUAUAAACCACCGAAGGAUGACAAGUCGGAUGGUACCUUGGAAACUUGUGCCCCGCUGCCACAAAUCUAUGCUGGAAAUAUAAAGGGGGAAAAGGAGAAGAAGUCAUCAUCAUCGUCGUCGUCCACAGCGUCAUCAUCAUCGGAUCGAAAGCGAAGAAAAUAGAUUUAGAAAGACAGAUUUGUGUUUAACAUUUAUAUAAAAUUAGUUUAUGUAUUUUUAAAUAAAAAAUGACAUUUUUGUAAUGCAAUGCAAUUCAGUA